AUGGAACUCAUACUGGUUGAUGAAAAGAGAGAUAGGAUUCAAGCCUCUGGAACCACACACCCUUACAAAAUCAGUUUAUUGUUCAACACUUACCUAAAGCCCAGUUCUGGUAAUAUCCCAAAUGUGUCCCGCUUCAACUUCUGCUCUUUUGGAGACAUUGAAAGUCAAUGUGAUGUUUUCAUUGAUAUACUUGGUCAAGUUGUUUCAAUGAGUGAUAUUCGUGUUCCUGGUACCAAAAAAAAUUUCAGAAACUGGAGUUAUAAAGUUGUCAAACUGACUAAGGAAGAUGCAAUAAUAGCAAGAUUUAAAGACAUUCUCGGCUUAAUGGAAUCAACUCUUUCCGAAUUGCCUCUUGUUUCAAGCAAAUCUUCUGGAUUUCAGAUGGACAACACUUCCUCUGAAGCGGUCAACAUCAUCUAA